AUGCAACGGGUGACGGCGGCUGUUUUCGCCUGCUUAAUUGGAGGAGUAUUCCUUGCUACACCAGAUGCACCAUCUUUCGAAAGUUUGCCUGCUGGAAUCGACCCAACUGCUAAGAUCGGACCACCAGGAACAGAUGAUAAAGCUCUUGUGAAAGUAGGAGAAGUAGCAGAGUCCAUUCUUGAUAAACUAGGAUUCAGCACCAGAGACGAGAAGGAUAUCCGCCGUGCACCAGUUCCAAGUUCUUUCUUUGGAAGUGAUGAUGUCAACCAAGUUAUCGAAGAAGCCAAUGCCAACCGUGUUGAUUUGCAAGGAAUCACCUCUGGACAAAUCCCAGGACUCGCUCCAAUUCCAGUUCCAGGAUUCCCAGGACCACAAGACGCUCCAGUCAUCCCAGGAGUCAACACUAUCCCAGGACUCAGCAACUUCAACUACCUUGUCGGACAACUCUUCCCACAAAUGAUUCCUCCAGCAAACACUCUUCUCGGAUCUUCAAUCAGCAGAAUUCUUCCAAAGGACACAGCCAAGAACAUUGCCAAGGAUGUAUUCAGAGCUGUUCACCCAACUGCCGAAAAUGUUGAUACCGCUAGAAUGAUGGGAAGAUGGUUCCAAGUUAUCAACUCGCCACAUGUCAUCCGUGAGGCCUGCACCGUGUCACACUUCGGAGCUUUGACCAACAACACCUACUCUGCCUCCUUCACCAUCCUCAAGUUCUACAGAGAAGGAAAUCCAAAUGGAUCUCCAAGAUAUGCCCUCGGAUACGGAUUCAAGUCUGGAGAGACCGGACAAUUUGUCCUUCACAACAGUAAUUCUGCUGAUGCCGAGCCUUUCUGGGUAAUCAAAAUGGGACCACUCAACGAGUAUAAGCAAUACGACUACGCAAUUGUCUCGACCUGGGUCAGAUAUCCAGUUUUCGUCAUUGCUCGUGAUCCAGAACGAUUCAGAAAGCUCCACAUGAAGAAUGUUCUUGAGUUCUUGCAACAAAACAAUUACAUCAACGUGAUGACCAAAGCAUUUAACAUGAUCUCUCCAGUGGACUAUGAAGCAUGUCAGUAUACUCCAACUUUCUCUGGAACCGGAAAAUAA